CCUCUAUUAUUAUCUUUCCUUUUUUUUAAUGCCAUUUAUAUCACACAAAAACCUUCUUUCUCUUUCCUCAACUUUCUAGUCCUCUCUCAUUUCAUUGACUCUUCUCUUACAAUCCAUCCACAAAGUUCAUCCAAAAAAACUCAAAACCAAUCCCCCUUUUAUCAUAAAGAAUUCAAUUUAUGAUAAAGAAUUGAAUUUUGUUUCUACACAUCAAAUAUAAGAAAAAAAUGCUGCAAUUAUUCUUCACAGUGGCUUUCUCUGUUGUUCCUUUAACACUUUAUAUUCCACCAAUAAGAAGCUUGAACCUAUUUGUAGAAACCAUGGAAUCUGUUAUGAGGGAAUCAACAACAUAUAGCAACAGAAUUUAUCCUCGUUUAAGGAUAGCUUGGUCUAGGAUGUUGAAUUGUUUGCUAUGCAACAAUACAAGGUAGAUUUCAAUUUUUCAAUAUAUAUUUUAUUUGAACCACAUCUUAAUGUAA